UAAAUACUAUAAAUCAGUAAAUAAUUCUAAAUGGAGACCAAAAAUGAAAAUGUAGCCACUCUUUGCAAUUUUGAAGUAAUGGAAAAGCUCAAAAAAAUCAGAGCAGCUAAAACAAUGAAGAAAGGAGAAUUAGCGACGAUAACAUAUGAGACCUUAUGUUAUCUUGAAAGUACACCUUGUAAAAAAAUGAGUGAUUCAUCUGUAAGGAAUUGCAUGAGGGAAUUGAAACCAUUUGUACUGAGAGACUUGGAAAGAUUAAUGCUUGUAAAUACCCCGCCAGGAAAUGCAGUUGAACUGCAACUGAUAAUCUCAGAUAGUGAAGAACGUCUUACUGAAGAAGAGGUGGAUAAAAUUUUGGAAAUAAUUGCAAGGAACUUUCCCCAUGUUAAAGAAGUAAAGAAAGACAGUGAAGAUGACGAUUCUGAAUAGCAGGGAAUUUGUUGCUUGCCAUACAUCAAUACAUCAGGUUUUUAAGAGAUGCAUUCAUAAAUUCAAAUUUUAAAAAGUGUAUGCAAGUACAUUUACUCCUGAUUUAGAAUUAAGAUUCACUUCCUAACCAAACAAAAUGUGAUAUUGUAUGAUUAAACUACCUAAUUAAAUUUGUUAUUUCAAAAAGUAAAUGUGAAAGUGU